AUGGUUCGAGCCCUCGGCAGGAAAAGCUGGGGGCCACCGGCCCCUCUCUGCCUUGGAGCGCUGCGGUGCUGUGGCAACACCGCCCCUGUGUGCGUGCGCGGGGAGGGGGCGGGCGGCAGGAGAUGCCCGCAGGCACGUGGGGGUUGGUUCCGCGUGUUUGGUGUUAAAGUAGAAUCAUUUUCCUCCUGGGCCAGCAGGGCUGUCCAUGGGAAGUUUUGCCGUGUCAGGGGACUCCAAGGGUGUGACGGUUGCCGGUGCUGUGCAGGGCCGACCUUCCUGCUCCUGGGCCGUCAGCGCCCAGAGGAGCUGCCGGUACAGAGGCGGUCAGUCAGGAUGAGGCGGUGUGCCUGCCCAUCACCAUCCUCCAUGGCGUCCCCCGCCCUUCCUGGCCUUUCCACUGGCCCCUGGAAGAUCCCUCUUUAUUAUGCGCCCUCUGCCCCGCCCCACCCCACCCCCAACAGCGACCCUGCUAAGGCUGCUACAGAUAACGGCUGCCCCCAUCCCGUGGCUGGGCCGUGGCCUCCGCAGUGGAGAAGCCAGGCUAAGGUACCCUGGGCGUGGGGGCGUGGGGUGGAGGCCCGCCCACCCCACAGUCCUCCGGGUCUCUUUGCACUUUAA